AUGCCUAGAACGUGUAAAAAUGGGAAAGAUUGUAGAAAAUAUAAAUCAUAUGACAACGUGGAAGAUAAAAACAUUUCACUUAUUCAACCAAUUUUUUUAGUAGGUAUAAUAUUUAUGUUUUAUUUUUUUUACUUCCGUAUAUUCAAAAGAAGGUAUAAUGUAAAUAAUGAAAAUUAUAGAAGAAAAUUAAAUAAUAAAAAUAAAAGUGGUAAGCCUGUUAUUUCCCUCUGUUUAAAUGAUAUAGUUUUAAAAAUAAAUGAUGAUAAUGUAUAUAUAAUUGAAAAUUCCCUAGAAGCAUUUAAUAAAUUAUGCUUAAUAUCAGAACUUUUUGUAAUUGCGCAAAUUUCUAAUGAUGUACAAGAAAAAAAUAUAAUUGAAUUAUUUAAAAGUUUGAACAUAUUUAAUAAAGGAUUAAAAGAACAUCGUCUUAUGUUUUGUACAACAUCAAAUGGAAGAGCUUCAAUGAUAAGACAAUUAAGUCCACUUACUCAUGUUGAUAACGAUGAAACGGUUAUUAAAACUUUAACGGGAAAAAUACCAAAUCUUGUUCAAAUAUAUGGGAAUUUAAAUACCAAUGAUCAUUCUAAUUUUUUUACUUCUUUACAAGCAUUUACUCAAGUUAUAAGUGCUGUUGCAACCGUUGAAGGUAUAAAUUAA